ACUGUGUCAACUCUGAAUCACAAUGAGCAGCAGGGAAGGACCUGUCAGCUGACUAAUCAGGGCUAGUGGAUUUUUUUUUUUGCAGCUCUGCCGCGGUGGUAAUGGAAGCAGCCGUAGCUUUGUUUGAUAGAGAUUUUUGGCUGCUGCUUUUAAAUACCACCCAAGAAGCAGCUCGUAUUUCAUCAAUGUUGCAUUGACAAUCGGAAAAGAAGAGUGUAAUUGUGUAUAGGCGAGAUGGCAGAAGCAAAUCCCCCGAGAGGCAAGAUGAGGUUCAGAAGGAAUGCGGCCUCUUUCCCCGGGAGCUUACACUUAGUCCUGGUUUUACGCCCUACCAGUUUUCUUCAGAGGACUUUCACGGACAUUGGAUUUCGAUUUAGCCAGGAGGAUUUUAUGGUGAAACUACCAGUUGUUAUGCUGAGCUCAGUUAGUGAUUUGCUGACAUACAUUGAUGACAAGCAAUUAACCCCUGAGUUAGGCGGCACCUUGCAGUACUGCCACAGUGAAUGGAUCAUCUUCAGAAAUGCUAUAGAAAAGUUCGCUCUUACAGUGAAGGAAGUGGCUCAGAUGUUGCAAUCCUUUGGAACAGAGCUUGCUGAGACAGAGCUACCAGAUGAUAUUCCUGCAAUACAGGAGAUUCUGGCAGUUCGUGCUGAGAGGUAUCAGAUGUUGAAGAAUGACUUAACAGCUGUAACCAAAGAAGGAAAAAUUCUGCUCAUGAACCUGAAAGUGCCUAACACUGGAGAAACUGUCAGUUCAAGUCUUGAAAGUCCUCAGCACAUCAGCGGUGACUGGCAAACUAUUAAUAAGUUACUGACUCAAGUGCACGAUAUGGAAACUGCUUUUGAUGGAUUUUGGGAGAAACAUCAGCUAAAAAUGGAGCAGUAUCUGCAACUGUGGAAUUUUGAGCAAGACUUUCAAGAGGUUAUGACUAAAAUUGAAUUUGUAUUAAAUCAACAAAGAGAACUCAGUGAUGCAACAGGGAACUUAACUCAGAUAAAACAAAGACUUAAAAAAAUAGAGAACUUGGAUGAAAAAUCUCAGGAGCUGUUAGCCAAGGCCCGGCUUGUGAUACUACAUGGCCACAAGCUUGCCUCAAAUCACCACUAUGCACUUGAUUUAAUCUGCCAGAGAUGCAAUGAGCUUCGCUACCUUUCUGAUAUUUUGGUUAAUGAGAUCAGAGCAAAGCGGGUACAGCUGAGCAGGACUUUCAAAAUGCACAAGCUCCUGCAGCAGGCACGUCAGUGCUGUGAUCAAGGAGAAUGCCUCCUGGCUAAUCAGGGAAUGGAUCAGUUUCAGACUAAAGAAGAUGCUCAGAAAGCCCUUCAGGAUGUGCAAAAUUUCCUUCAAAUGGCUGUGCCCUUCAUCAAUUAUGAUAUUGAGAAUUUGCAAUAUGAAUUUGAUGUGCACCUUUCUUCUGAAUUAAAGGCUCAAAUGCAGACUGUACAACUCAAGCUUGAAAGUAUUCGAAGUAUAUUUGAGAACCAACAGGCUGAUUCCAAGAAUUCAAAAGGUAGAUCUGAAAGUCCAGUUCAGUUUGUCAUACCUGCACCUGAAAAUUUGAUGAGGUCCAGAGCAAUGUUUUUUUCACCUAAACAUGUGGGAGUUGGAUAUUCUUUCUUUCAAGCAUGUAAACUUUUUUCAAAAGUAAAGAAGUCUUGGAGACAGACUCAAGCUCAGAGCAACAUGCAAUUAAGUAAAAUUGAAGUCGUUAAGGAUAGCCAAGAGAAGAGGAAUUCUGAUCACUCUCCCAGAUUGGACAAUAACUUGGAUAUUUUAAAGAACCAUGUCCUGAAUGAGCUGAUACAGACAGAAAAGGCAUAUGUUGGAGAACUGUUUACUGUUUUGUUGGGCUACAGAUCUGAGAUGGACAAUCCACAGAUGUUUGAUCUUAUUCCACCUCUACUGAGAAAUAAAAAGGAUGUUCUCUUUGGAAAUAUGGCAGAAAUAUAUGAAUUCCAUAACAACAUUUUUAUGAGCAGCCUGGAAGAUUGCUCUAAUGCUCCAGAAAGAGUUGGACCUUGUUUCCUGGAAAGGAAAGAUGAUUUUCAGAUGUAUGCCAAGUACUGUCAGAAUAAACCCAGGUCAGAGUUAAUUUGGAGAAAGUAUUCAGAAUGUGCCUUUUUCCAGGAAUGUCAAAGAAAAUUAAAACAUCGACUUGGUCUGGAUUCCUAUUUGCUCAAACCAGUGCAACGAAUCACUAAGUAUCAGCUGCUUUUAAAGGAGCUCUUAAAGUACAGCAAAGAAGGAGAAGGAACAACUCAGUUAAAGGAGGCACUUGAUACAAUGCUGGACUUAUUGAAGUCAGUAAAUGACUCCAUGCAUCAGAUUGCAAUCAAUGGCUAUAUUGGGAAUCUGAAUGAGCUGGGCAAGAUGAUUCUGCAAGGUGCAUUCAGUGUUUGGCUAGGACACCGGAAAGGUGCUACAAAAAUGAAGGAUUUUGCAAGAUUCAAGCCCAUGCAGCGACACCUUUUCUUGUAUGAAAAAGCUGUUAUGUUUUGUAAGAGGCGUGUUGAAUCUGGAGAAGGCGCUGAUAGAUAUCCAUCAUACAGUUUUAAGCACUGCCUAAAAAUGGAAGAAGUUGGAAUCACAGAACACGUGAAAGGCGAUAACCGCAAAUUUGAAAUAUGGUAUGGUGAGAAGGAAGAAAUUUACAUUGUUCAGGCUCCAAAUAUUGAUGUGAAGAUGCUAUGGUUAAAAGAAAUAAGGAACAUUUUGUUGAAGCAGCAAGAAUGUUUGACUGCUAUGAAACAGCUGGAUCAGCCAAGAGAACCGGAUGAACUUUCUCUUCAGCAGCAGAAAGCUGAUGGCUGUUUCAGAAAGCAAGAGGAAGCUCUUCUAAAUGCUGUGGAAGUGGAAAAAGAGGUAGAACAAGCCAGUGGCAUGGUGGAGGUCAGGAAGGCAGUUGUGCCAGUUCAAGCACAAGUAAAUUGCACAGCUUGGACUCAGGUGUCACCAUCUGCAGAAGGUCUUGGAGCAUCUGCGGAAUGUUCAGCCAACUAUUUCUACCCUAGUUACAAUGACAAUGAAGAAGAUCGGCCACAAAUGAGAGCCGUGUCGGAGGUGACUCUGCUGAUGUAAAGAAGCUACUAUGUCAACUGGCAAGUAGAUCUUGCAGCCUGCUUCUCAGCCCAUGUGGAAACACCACCCAAAAGACUUUCAGCCCAAAUGAUGGGGAUUUUUUUUUCAGGUUUAUUUGUUUGAACAUGCAAAGAAGCAACAGCAUAUACUUCUUUCUUUUCUUUUACUUUAAAAACAUUUUCCUUGUAGUAUUCUUUAUUCCUCAAAUUCUGCAGUCAGUGGAUAACACAUUGUGCUGGAUAAAAUGUCAUCUCAGAAUACUUUUGACUUGAAAAUUGUUUCUUCUCUGUCUACUUUGUAACCAAAUGCAAUCAGCGUGCCUUCGAUUAUUUAGCUUAUUAUGAAUUAAGUUAAAUGUAGGGCUGUAGAGUAGUUAAGGCCAAGGGAAGCACAACUUAUGAUUUAAUUCGCUUUUUAGACCUAGCGCUCCUUUUAAACGCACAAGAUAAUGCAGAGUCAGAAGUCCUGGGGCGGAUGAGGGGCAUUAGUAAAUUCUCUUCAGGGCUAUUGCCUUUUCUAUGUGCCAAGAUGAACUUUUCCUGAUAGUAGUUUACAAAGAAUUGCAUUUAAAAUGUAAUAUUUUCAUGCUUGUUUCUUUUUCUCAAUUUAUGCUUAUAAUUCAUGUAGCAAAUUAGUUGUGCUCUAUUCUGUACAUUUCAUGCUGUAAUUUUUCUUUUUCAAAUAAAAAUGAAACCUUUGGGUUCCACA